AGGAGGGGGGUUUUGGGAGGGGAGAUUCGAGUGGCUAGGGUUAGAGACGACGGGGAAGGGUUGGUGGUUGCAUGCGAGUGGGAGGCGAUGGAAGGGAGUCGGUAUUUGGGAGUGACGGAGCCGAUCUCGACGGCCGACCCAACGGAGGUUGACUACGUGAACACGAAACAAUUGGAGGAAUGUGUGAAGGGGCUGGCGCUGCAGGGUAGCCGAGAAGAGGAAGUUCGGCGAGAGGAGGUUCUGGGGCGGUUGGAUGAGCUCGUGAAUGUGUGGGUGAAGUCGAUGAGCCGGAAGAAGGGGCUGAACGAUGAGUACGUGAGGGAAGCGCGGUGUAAGAUUUUCACUUUUGGGUCCUACCGGCUCGGCGUGCACGGGCCUGGGGCGGACAUCGAUACGCUGUGUGUAGGUCCUUGCUAUGUGACGCGGGAGGAGGAUUUUUUCGUGGAAUUGCAUGAUUUGUUGCAGAAAACCGAAGGGGUCACGGAGCUGCACACGGUGCCGGACGCUCAUGUGCCUGUCAUGAGUUUUGAGUUCAACGGGAUCCCUAUUGAUCUAUUGUACGCGCGCCUGCCUUUGUGGGUCAUCCCUGAGGAAUUAGACAUUCUGCAAGAUACCAUCUUGCAAAACGUGGACGAGCAGAGCGUGCGGAGUUUGAAUGGGUGCCGGGUUACGGAUCGCAUUCUGCGCCUCGUGCCUAACAUGGAGCACUUUCGGACUACUCUGAGGUAUGUGAAGCUGUGGGCCAAGAGGCGAGGGGUUUAUUCCAAUGUCAUCGGGUUUCUGGGAGGUGUUAACUGGGCUUUGCUUGUGGCUCGCAUUUGCCAACUUUACCCUAACGCCGUGCCGAGCGUGCUGUUGUCGAGGUUCUUUCGGGUGUACAAGCAGUGGCGCUGGCCAAACCCAGUGAUGCUCUGUGCAAUCGAGGAGGGUCCUCUCGGGCUUCCCGUUUGGGAUCCUCGCAGGAAUCCCAGAGACAGGUCACACUUGAUGCCAAUCAUAACCCCCACGUAUCCCUGCCAGAAUUCAAGUUUCAAUGUCUCCAAUAGCACCUUGCGCGUUAUGACAGAGGAGUUUAAGCGCGGGGAUAGUAUUUGUGAUUCUUUGGAUUCAAAAGUGGCAGAUUGGAGUAAGUUGUUUGAACCAUACCCCUUCUUUGAGAGUUACAAAAACUACCUACAAAUCGACAUCAGUGCAGGUGACGAGGAAGACCUUAGAAUCUGGAAGGGUUGGGUAGAGUCGCGGCUCAGACAGCUUAUUCUGAAGGUGGAGAAAGACACAUUUGGCGCGCUUCAGUGUCAUCCACAUCCCAGUGCUUUCCAUGAUACAAGUAAGAGAGUUCAGGUUUGUUCUUUCUUUGUGGCUUUGCAACGUAAGCAGGGUGCUCCACCAAGUUCAACUCCGUUCGACAUGUGUCACACGAUAGCUGAGUUCAAACAUUCAGUAAACCAGUAUUUGUUGUGGAAGCCGACAAUGAAAAUCCAUGUAUCGCAUGUGCGGCCGAAGCAGAUACCAACCUAUGUAUUUCCUAAUGGGAUCCGUCCAGUACGGCCUCCCAGGCCUACGAUCCAUAAACCUGGAACUAAUCCGGACAAUGUACCCACAUCUCAGUCUCCAGAAGCGAGCACAAGGUCCGUGGUGACCCCACCAAGUGAAGAGCCUGAGCUGCCAAUUCCUGGCACUAAGAGGGGUGCAGAAAGUCUUGGUGUGCUUGGAAAAAGGGUUAGGGUUGAGCUCAGGUCUGAGAGUUGAUUGUUAAGGCCGAGAAGGUCUUUCUCGGCACUAAUAACCCACAGAAACCUUGUAUUGUAACUUGGAGGUCAUUUACCCUGUCACUCCCACGCCCAAGCUUGAGGAAGGGAGAUUUUCUGUGAAUACAGCGCAUUGCGGUAGUGGGGAAAGAAAGGUGAUUCGUGGAGUUUAGAGGAUAGUUUGCUAUUGACGCCGUAGGUUGUUCUCCUUGGACAUUGCGUGAUCUUGGAACCAGCACAGUUUGUCGGAAUCGAUAUUUUUGAGCUGUUGCCCUCUCUUAAGGGUUCUCAGAUCACCCAAUUUCCUUGAAGAACCAGUUUAGAAGGAAUUAUGAUGCUGAAUACCCUGGGUAGGCUGCAGUGAGAGGAAGCUACUUGUUUGACAUUAUACUAUUUUGAGGGGAGUUGGGGAAUGAGUUGCUCUUAACCAGGAUUAGCAUACAAAAAGAAAAAAAAGAGGAAAACCAGAAAAAAACUAAACGAUUUGGAUGAUUCCAGAAUCGCGUGUAAUAUGUUCUACAGUACUUCAGCCUGUAUGAUAAUAUUUUUUUUGGCUAAUUACUCACUUUCUGUUCCUCUUGACAUGUACCUGCAAUGUAUCUGCUGGAUCGCCCAGCGUUCUUACCUCAAUAAAGUCUACUGAUACUCACACAAUGUAAA